AUGAAUAUACCACAUGCAAAGCACAAUCAUACGCCCAGCUGGGAGAGUGGCAAAAGAGAUGAUCUGACAUCCAGCAGCACAGGCACCAGUAACAGCAGCAGCAGCAGACACCAUCAAGCAACACAUAGUAAUUCAGACUCUUUCUUUAACCGUGUAUUUGGUCAUCAUUCUUCUGAUUCUUCUCGAGCUGGAUCACCUAUACCACCAUCCAAUUCAAAUCAUCAGCAGCAUCAUCCAAAUCAGCCUUUCAAAAGUAAUACCACCAUUGAUUCUCACAAGGGAUUGCAACACCCAUCAUUGAUACCAUCCAGUACGACAACAUCAGCAGCUACAAAGAAAUCGCGUCAUAGCCGCAAUUCAUCCACAGGACACUUGCCACUGAAUCCAGUCUCUAUUAUACCAACUCAUACACCAUUCAACAAAAUGCAUAGAAGACGCUCGUUUGAUGGUAUGGAAGGUCAGAAUGUUGUCUCCAAGAAACCUACUACCCCGACUCCGCUUUCGUCCGUAUCAGCACGAGUAACGACUAGUCCUGUACCAUCUACUACUACUGCCCAUACGACUACGCAUCCACAUCAGCAUCAUCAUUGCCGUCCUCCUCAGCACCCACAGUCAAGAGGCGGUAUUAAUGUGCCAAAGAUCAAUACAGCUGCAGUGCCAUUUCCAAGAGGCGGUAGACAGAUUGGACAAAAUCAUGCUGAUACAACACAUCUUGUGAGAAGAAGCAACUCAAUUGAACGCAAUCAAUUCCGACUUCCUGAAGAUCAUCCACCCAAGAAACGACACUUGUUUCGAUUUGGCAAAAAGAAGAACUAUCAGGCUACUACACCUUCUUUCACACAUGCUCCUGCCGCGGCGUCUGCCAACAACUCGACUUCGACCGCCUCCUCCUCCAACACCACAGCCAUAUCCACGUCUUCCUCCAACCACAACAACAUGAUGGCGUCUCCCCGUAAAAAGUCAAGCGAUUUGGACCAUCGGUCUUUGUUGUUACCAGAUUCGCAUACACCUGCGUCUGACAUUCAACGAUACUAUUACCAGCAGCAGAUGAAGGACGAGCGAAAGCGGUCCGCUGGCUCCAAUGGCAGUGGCAACAGUAGCCAUAAAAAGAACAGCAAGGACAGUGGAAGAGACCAAUUGCUACAUCUCAAACUGGAUCAAAACUUUGAAAAGAUGGAUGGUAUUGUCAACAAGGACUAUUACAAGUCCAACUCGCCCGCACCCACAUCAGCGACUACCAUGCUGCCAUCCACGCUGCAUGUACCAAGUGCUCAAUCAACACCCAGUGGCAUGGAUACAACUGGCCUUGAUUUAGAGUCGUGGGCUCCACCUGACAGUUGGGGUGUGCAGCCUCCUUCUAUCAUGUCAGCCUCUACCAACAUGCUGGAAGAGGAUCACGCUGAUUUCGAAGACUAUCAGAUUGACGUGCAGGAGAAAUGGGAUGUGCCUAAAAAGAAUGCCAAUAUCAAGAUUUACAGACCUGACAAGACGUACAAUACGCUGCAUGUACCUCUCAAUUCAACUACGCUAGAAAUCCUCAAGAAGCUGGCAACCAAGUUUUUCAUGUCUGACAUGACUAAGUUUAACCUUGUCAUGAAAAGACACAACAUAGAGCGUAUUCUGGGACUGACAGAGCGUCCACUUCAGAUUCAAAAGCUGUUGCAAGAGCAGAUGGGUUACAUGGAUCAAGACAAGAUUGACGACAGCACCUACCUUGUGCGCUUUCAAAUGAUGCCAAACAUUGCACAGCCAGUGCAGGAAGACAAGGACUUUGGGCAGCAUGUGGAUCUCCAGUCCAGAUCACUCGCAACCAUCCCCAUCUACCUCUACAAGCACGCCUCUCGCAUCGUCUCUCUGGACAUUUCCAAGAAUCUGCACAUUGAAAUACCACUCGACUUUAUUCAAAUGUGCACCAGUCUCAAGCAGCUAUGGCUGGCCAAUAAUGAGUACCUGUCGCUGCCUCCUUCCACACAGCAUAUUGCAUCGUUGGAGCAUCUCAACAUCUCUGGCAACAGACUGCGGGACCUGGAUCAUGCCAAUCUGCAUGAAAUCACUGGACUGAGAACUCUGCGUGCCAUCAACAAUAGGCUGGAAUCCAUCCCAGACACGUUUGCUACUUGUUUCGACCACUUGACAACCCUGUUCAUCUCCAACAACUCGUUUACCAAGUUCCCCAUGGUGAUCUGCGACAUUCUGACGUUGGCCUACCUCGAUAUCAGCUUCAACAAGAUACAGAUGUUCCCAGACGAGAUUGGCCAAUUGACCAACUUGGUGGGUUUGUUUGCUAUUGCCAAUCGCAUCACAGGCGCUUUACCCGCUAGUUUUGUGCAUUUAACUAAACUGCAGGAACUGGAUAUCCGUCAAAAUCUAAUCACAGAUCUCGAUGUAGUGUCUCAGUUGCCUCGCUUGGAGAUUCUAUUGGUCGACUACAACUCGACAAGCAUUGUUAAUUUUGAAAUCAAAAGCUUGAAGCAGCUCAAAAUGUACAAAAAUCAUCUCACCCAGUUCAACUUGACGAGCGGCCCUGGUGGCGGCACUUGCUUGACUGAGCUGAAUCUAUCUUGCUGCAAACUAUCGAGCUUGCCAGAAGAAGUGUUUAACAAUACCCAAGGAUUAGAGCGUCUUGUGCUGGAUAGCAAUACUCUCAACUCCAUCCCUUCCAGCAUCGGUGCUCUGCAGCGGCUCGUCAAGUUGUCCAUUCAGAACAACAACCUGGAGACAUUGCCCGCUGAAAUUGGCAAGUUGUCUGAACUCAAGGCCCUGGAUGCUCAAAAGAACAAUCUCAAAUCACUACCCAAGGAGAUCUGGCUGUGUUCCUCUCUCCAAACGCUAAACUGUUCGUCCAACCUACUAGACUCGUUUCCCGAGCCAUUGUCCACAAUCACACCGUGCUCCACGCCACUGGCAAACAAAAAAGCAGGCGACGACAUAUCAGACAUGACGCUGAUUUGCGAUGAGGACGACGACAUGAUGAUGAACAUUAUUCCUCCUGCACUAAAUGCUGGCCAGGGCGUCGUAAAGCGCUUGGAUCAUUUGCUCGACUACAAUUCCAUGACGCGCUCCACCUCAAAAGCUACAUUCAUGUCCUCUAAUUCCUCAACCGCAUCCCCAGUGACACCUGGCGCAGGCAAGGCUCUUCACUAUGCAACUGCAUCAUCAUCCAGCACGCAAAGCCCAAGCAUAUCGUCCAACGCAUACUCAGCAGAUCAGCCAAUGCACCCUCAUCAUUUGACCCCACAGCAGAUCCAGCAACAACAGCAACAGAAGCAAUCAGCCUCUCCACCUCCUGCUCCCAACUUUAACCCGCCAAGCUUCUUUGCCAGCCCCAGAAACCAUCCACCUCCUCUGUCGCUGUCUUUGCGACAGCUGUUCUUGGGCGACAAUCGAUUCACGGAUGACAUCUGGUCACCGUUGUCGUUAUUCCUGGAGCUGCGUACCCUCAACUUGUCCUUUAACGAUUUGUAUGAAGUGCCUCCCGACGGUCUCUGUCAUCAGCACCUGUACGAGCUCUACCUGUCUGGCAAUCAACUCACCUCGUUGCCUGCUGACGAUAUUGAGCGAUUGCAGUACAUGCGUGUGCUCGCUGUCAAUGGCAACAAACUCCAAACACUGCCGGCCGAGAUUGGCAAACUGCGCAAGCUGCUUGUGCUGGACGUAGGUAAUAAUGUGCUCAAAUACAACAUUGCCAACUGGCCUUAUGAUUGGAAUUGGAACUGGAACUUGGGGCUCAAGUACUUGAAUCUGUCUGGUAACAAGCGUUUAGAGAUCCAAAAGACCCAUCCGGAUCCCAACAAUCCCAAGGACAAGGACCUAAGUGAUUUUAGUGCGUUGACACGUUUGCGUAUGUUGGGUCUAAUGGAUAUCACGAUACUCGGUGUGUCUGUGCCUGAAGAAUUCCAUGAUCGCCGUGUCAGAACAUCCCCUUCUGAAGUGAAUAGCAUGUCAUAUGGCGUAGCAGAUUGGCUGGGCCCUAGUGAUCACUUGUCUACGUGGGAUCUGGUCAUGCCGCGAUUUAGAAGCAAAGAAGACGAGUGUAUAUUUGCCUUGUUUGAUGGCUCCAAACAUCCCAAAUCCGGUUGUCGUUUGACAAAACAGCUGAACGAUACCUUGACAGCGCAGUUCACCAAAGAACUGGCUUCCAUCAAGAGUGACGAUACAAUUGUCUCUGCUGUGCGUAGAGUAUUCUUGGGUCUGGAGCAAAGCCUAGGUACAUCGCCCUAUAUUGUAGACAAGGAUUCGGGUGCAUCAGCUGUGCUAUGUUACAUCUCUGGCACCAAGCUGUAUGUAGCGAAUGUAGGCGAUGCUCUGGCUGUCAUCUCUCGCAACAACGGUCAAGCCUUUGAGAUUACACAAAAGCAUAUACCUCUAAAUCCAAGUGAAGUGUCUCGUAUUCGGGCAGCGGGUGGCCAUGUCUCCAACUCGGGUCUACUCAACAACGAGCUUCAUGUAUCAAGAAGCUUUGGCCACUUUCAUUUGGUGCCUGUGGUCAACUGUAACCCUUUUGUAUCCACCAUUGAUCUUACUGAAAACGACGAGUUUGUCAUCAUGGCUUCUCGCGGAUUAUGGGACAAGAUGACCUAUCAAACGGCUGUUGAUAUUGCUCGCACGCAAAAGGACGAUUUGAUGGCUGCAGCACAAAAGUUGCGUGAUUUUGCUAUCACCUAUGGUGCUACUGAUAAUCUCAUGGUCAUGGUCAUUGGCGUGGGCGAUUUGUUUGAUAAGCGAGAGAAGCGCUAUCGUGGUAACCGCGGUAACAAUAUGGGCCCUGGUCGUGGCGGUGUAGGUGCUGAUGUUGGAGCAGAAGAUGGCUUACUGGUCAAGAGCAAGCGCAGAGGGAAAGAGGAAGUGCCUGGAGAUUCGACAUUGGCUCGGUUGGAAAGAGAAGUGGCACCUCCUGUCAGCCAGCUGGCGUUGGUAUUUACAGACAUCAAGAGCUCCACACAAUUUUGGGAAACACAGCCCGAAAACAUGCGCUCUGCCAUCAAGAUUCACGAUGCCAUUAUGCGUCGCACGCUGCGUAGUGUCGGUGGUUAUGAAGUUAAAACGGAAGGUGAUGCCUUCAUGGUCUGUUUCAAGAACAUCACAGCAGCGCUCCUGUGGUGUUUCACUGUGCAAUUACAACUCCUGGAAGCAGAUUGGCCUGCUGGUAUUCUCGAUACAGAAGAAGGUCGCGAAAUUGAAAAGGAUGGCAUUGUCAUUUAUAAGGGUCUGUCUGUCAGAAUGGGUAUUCAUUGGGGUUCGCCUGUGUUUGAACGCAAUCCCAUCACACAACGUAUGGAUUACUUUGGUCCUGUCGUCAACAAGGCAAGUCGUAUCUGUAACGCUGCUGAUGGUGGACAAAUCUGUGUGUCGUCUGAUGUGAUUGCUGCACUGCGAAACUUUCCUAGCAUGUUUGAUGAAGACGCUGAGCUCCAGACAAACACCUCUGCGGAAGUUGAUGCCUUCUCUGGUACUUUUCCAGUGAGCCGAGAUCUGUUGCAGUUAAAACAACUGGGCUUCCAUGUCGUGGAACUGGGUGAAAGGCGUCUCAAGGGCUUGGAAACACCAGAAACGCUUAGCUUGGUCUACUCGAAGCAAUUGCUGGCUCGAAUCGAGAUUGACAAGAGUGAGAUGAUGGCAACAGCUUCAUCGCCCAUCGUCACUCCCUCCACCAUCAUAUCUCCCAAGGCGAUCCAGUCCAUCGAGGCUUCUCCUGCACUCGCGACAACCGCCACAACGGACUCCUCCUCCAACGCCAUGGCAAGUAAUAGCAGUGUCUCAACAACGCCCAUGGACUAUCUGACAGCAAGGCCUCUCCGGCACACCAACACGCGCAAGGUGGUACGUACCAUUGAUCCCAACUUGGUCUGUGCCAUGAGCAAUCUAGCUAUCCGUUUAGAGCGAUUAACAUCGGGCAACGUCUUAUCACAACACAUGGCUGGUAGCUCCAUUAAUCGUGAAUACACGUUGAACAAUGAGGGAGCUGAGGACACUACACACACCGUUAGCACCGCGCCCUCGGGAUUAGGCUUAAUGCUCGAUAGACAUAUCCGUGAAGAUGCUACUGAUGAGGAAUUGGUCAUCAUGAUGGAGAAUUGUGUUGCACGUGUAGAGAACGCUGUAUCUUCCUUGUAUCUACAGAAAGUGGGCCAUUUUGCUGGUGUUUUGGAAAAAUUGGGUGAGGCGAUUGAUAUGGACCCCAUGCACAUUAUCAAGGCUUUACAAAUGUACGCUGAGUCUUCUUCCUUGGCAGCUAAGGGAAUGUCUCUCUAA